GGCUUUUUCUUGUUUAUCAAGAACAGGUCAACACAAUGGCAAACAUGGGAUAAAAGGUGUCUCAGUUGAGUAAACGCGACAAGAUGUGCUCGUUUUCACAAAUGUGUCAAACAAUUUAUUCUGUAUGAUUGCUUUGCUAUUUUCAGUGUGUAAACAGAGCAGAUCUCAUGAAUUCUUUGAAAGUCUAGCAGGCGUUGAUUGUUUUAAAGCCGAUCAUCGCUUAACAUAAGGACCCUGACUGGCUCAGCGGUAAAUAUUUGUCAUAACCAGCGGUUUCUGUCUGUUGAAUUUUAAUUAGCAAUAGCCGUUUGCGUGUCGUGAAGUUUCGAAGGUCGUUAGAGUCGAAGUUUCGAGCAAACAAGCGACAAAAUGGAUAUCAAGACCGUAAUGGAAAAUCUGGAAGAACUAGUAACUUGUCAUAUAUGCUCCAACGUCAUGCGAAAUCCCAAAAUUGCACCUUGUCUUCACACGUUCUGCUCCGAGUGUCUCAAAGAGGUUGCCAGAAGUCGGCCAUAUCAGACGACCAUCGCGUGUCCACUUUGCCAAUACGAUAUUCGCAAACCAGAGGGAAACCGGUUCGAUUUGUUGCCGUCAAAUUUCUACAUCACUCGUCUCCUUGAUCUCCUCAUCGCCAAAAGACGUCAUUAUCCCGAGGCAUCCUGCGGCAACUGCCAAAAGAAGUUGAUGCUCAGUGCCUUCUGUUUCGCGUGUGACACCUUUAUGUGCGAGGAAUGCUUCAGUGCACAUAAUGUCAUUACGCGAAGUAACGGCCACCGCACCGUGAGCCUGGGAAAGUUCAAACUACGUGAUUACGAAGACAUGCUUCGACGCCCGAUGCGCUGCGCUCAUAAAUUCAAGGAGAAAGGAGUCGUGGAGUACUUUUGUUAUGAUUGUGAUGCCUCUGUCUGCCACAUCUGCAAUAUCGCCAUUCAACACACGCAUCGCAUUGUCGACCUCCACGAGGCCGCGAGCGAACAAAAGUUGAAGUUUCGGGAGAUGAACACGAAACUCAAGGAGAAGAUGCGGAUGGUGGAACUCGGCGUUCACAACGUCGAGCAUCGUUCAAUGGAGGUACAGGAGCAAGUCGACUACUUGAAGAAAGACGUGACAGAAAAGAUGGACAAUCUCGUCUCAAUUAUCCGAGCUCAUCAAGAAGAGAUGGUUCAGACACUGGAGAACAUUCGAAGAGACAAACUCGAGAACCUAACAUUUCAUCUGAAGCUCUUUGAAUCGACGAUGUCGCAGACCGAAAGCUCUUUCAACUUCAUCGAAGAUCUGCUUCAACGAAACAUCAGCGAGGAAAUUAUGCAUGUCAAGAACCACGUCACGUCACGCGUGGGGGAGAUCACGAAUCUCGAGGUGGGCACGAACCCGGCGGAAAACGAACAAGUCGGCUACGUACCGAACGCAGAAAUCUUUGAUGGGCUCCAAAAUUCCAAGCUGGGCAAAGUUGUAACUAGUCUCACGGAACCAUCCUUGUCAACUGCUGAAGGAGACGGAGUGGACGACGUGUCAGCAGGGGAAGAGGCCGAGUUUACAGUGACAACUAGAAAUGCCCAGGGUGAAGUUUGCUACAGCGAAAUCGAUCACGUGGUUGUGGAAGUGAAGUCCUCGAUGUGGGGCCUCAUAGAAAGCAGAGUUCGAAACUACAGAAAUGGCAACUAUGACGUCAGUUACCUCCCCCGCGUGCCAGGACCGCACCGAGUGCAAGUUGAAGUUGGCGGCCAUCUCAUCAAGGACAGCCCCUUCAUGGUCGAAGUCAAGCCACCGAUUCUAUCCCCAUUGAAGUCCUUUGGAUCUCACGGCAAGGUGGAUGGAAAAUUCACUCAACCACACGGAGUGGCUGGAUCAAGCGCUGGACAAAUUGUCGUUUCUGACAGUUUGAAGCAUCGUAUACAUGUAUUCACAGCGGACGGAGGUCAGAUCCUCGACUUCGGCGAAGAAGGAACGAAGGAUGGCAAACUGUUCCACCCGAUGUCCAUAGCCUUCGACAAGAGCCAGAAGUACAUACUUGUCGCAGACAGUGACAACAACAGGGUGCAGUACUUUGAUGUCAAGACUGGCAAAUUCGUGAAAAAGUUCGGUUCCGAGGGAAGUGGUCAUGGUCAGUUCAACGGUCCGUGCGGCAUAUCAGUCGACCAGAAAGACCGUGUGAUCGUCACUGACUGGAACAAUCACCGGGUCCAGGUGUUUAGUCCUGACGGCAAAUUCCUUUUCAAGUUUGGAGAUGCAGGCAAUGACAGACUUAUCCAUCCCAGGUUUGCCCUGUACCAUGAUUCAGAAGAGCGUUUUGUAGUCUCUGAUACUGGUAACGAUGUAGUGAAAAUCUAUGACCAGAAUGGGGAUCUGCUAAGAAUAAUCGGUAGGCCAGGCCAUAAGAAAGGGGAAUUUUGUGGUCCUCGAGGGCUGGCUAUAGAUAAAAAUCAAAACAUAAUUGUUUGCGAUUUCGAAAAUCACCGUCUACAGGUUUUCAAUAUUAAGGGGGUUGUUCUUAACAGUUUUGGAACAAAUGGGAAGGGAAUCGGGCAGUUUGCAUUCCCAUUGAGUGUUUCAGUAGUUGGUGGGUCACGAGUUAUAGUUAGUGACUGGGGAAAUAAUCGUAUUCAGAUUUUCAAAUACAGAGAUUCCUCGAACUAAACUAAAUAGUCCUAUCACGUCAUAUAGACAAUAGUUAGAAUGUGUCGCUUUGCAUAAAUAGCAAAUUUUCAUCAUCCCGAAAAAAUCGCUUUGCUACUCAAAGUUUUGUAGUAAUUAAUAAGUAGUAGUUUUAUAUGUGCCAUGUAGGCCACAGGAAGCGAUAUGGCUGGGUGACAAUGACUUAUAACUUUCAUUUUAAAUGUUAUGACAUAAUGCCAUUACCGUUACUCAGCAAGGAAAAGUGAUUUACGUACAAAGUGCCCAAUUCUCCCUAGGAAAACAUAUUCUAAACGCACGAAAACGGUAGCAAAAUCGUAAAAACGUACAGAAAGUUCUAAAAUCUUUAGAUCUAGGAAACACGAUGUAGUUAGUAAAGACAAAAUUUUGGGAAAAUAUGGCUCUUGCCUGAUGCGCCUUGCUAGGUUCGCAAAGUAUUGUGGUAAAAUGUACAGCCGCCAUCGUUUUUCCUGCGAAGGAUUGAAAUCACUUGCUUAGUUGUUAGCCGUCUCAUUUCGAAUAGCGUUUGCUCUUGACUACUCAUUAUAAGAUACACGUAGAUAUAUAAUUAUAUGAGGAGUCAUCCAAUCAUUCUCUCUCUAACCAGAGAACAUAUCCAAUAAGUUAUUGUGCCGUGCGUUUAGGUGUUGCGUGACUGAUUGCGUGACAAUUGAAGUAACGGCUGCGUCUCCAAAAUCAAAAUAGGUUUUAAUCGGCAACCUUUGGGUGAUCAGGUGCUUAGUUUAGUCUUAGAACAGCCAUUGUAAAGCUGUUAAUAAUUCAUGUAGAUUUAGUUUUUUUCAACCCUUAACUUGCACCCGUAGGGUUUGGUACACUCUUAUUUGCCCCAGACGGGGUCACGGAGAUGUGCCGCGAGAGAGAGACCUCAAGUACAGUGUGGAAUGUCAUUAUUUUGCGUCAAGGUAAUUUUUAUUUCUUUUACAUUCCGAAAGGUAUGUUUGGAAACAGUAGGUAAAAAGGAGAGAAAAAUCCAAAUGACUUUAUUUGGCAAGAGGUCGAUUUCCCUGGUUUGCUACAGAUAUUGAGCUAAGUAUUCCAUUGGCUUUUCAAAUUCUUGAGGUCGUUAUAA